AUGGCGGCGGUUUCGGGGCCCGCCGGGAGCCCGGCCGGAAGGCCGGCCGGCCGCAGCAGCGUUCCCAGGGCGGGCAGCCGGUGGAGGUCGCGGAGCCGUGCUCCGUCCUACUGCGACGAGUCUCUGUUCGGCAGCCGGCAGCCGGCGCGGGUGCUGCGGAUGGGGAGAGCGGACGUGGCCAAGCUGCACUCCCUGUUCUGGAGCCCGCCGCCGGCCCCUCGCCGCCAGCCCGGCCUCCCCUGCGGCCCCGCGAGCGGCCCCCUGCCGGCCGCCCGACCGCCAGACCUCGCCGAGCGGCCCGUCGCGGGCUCCGGGACGGCUCGGCGGGGCCGGCCCGGCGUCUGCGAGCAUCUCGAGGGCUGCGCGGAUGCCGGCGUCCGAGCCGCUUCUCCCGGAGGAUGCUUGCGGUCCCUCGGGCGCCCGAACGCCUCCUCGGAUCGGCCUCGCCUCGCUUUAGGCCGUGCUGAGGCAGAAAGGCGUGAACUGCGGGGCUCUCCUGCUGCAGCUGCCACCCCUCCGCCCCGGGCUCGGCCGAAAAGCGCGUGCGGGCAUUCUGCCGGGAGCUGCACGGCGGGGCGGGGCUGCAAGGCCAAGCCUCCGUGGCGGUAAAAUGAAAGUUCGCUCCGCGUGUGUGCAGCCCUCAUCUACGUGAGCCGGGCACCGACUGCCUGGCGAAGACGUCUGCUGGAACUUGGGGCUGAUGGAGGCCACGAGCGGGGCCGUGGGGAGGAUGAAGAAAGCGAUCACAGCGCUGGAAGGACGCCACAGCAAGCUGGGCAGGAGGCAGCCCUGCGGCGGCAGGGCAGGAUGGCUGGCUGUGGUGAUGUGAUGUCCGGCUGUGGUGGCAACAGCAAUUUUCACCUACCAGCAGUCUUCAGCAAAGACGAGGUAACCAGUCAGAUUCCUUUUGCUGUGGUGUCUGGCCAGGAAGGCAGAGCCACAGGGGACAGGACCUCUUCCAGCAGAUGUCCAGCUGCAGGAGAAGGCAUGGCUGCCAGUCAAUCAUGGCUCAGGCUGGGGUGCAGAUCCCAGGUAGAGCUCCAGGUGCCAGCAAGGAUCCUGGAGACACUGGGUGAAGAAGCCAGAGGGCAGGAAGCAUGAGGGGCAUCUGAGGUUUCUUUUGGGUUGUCAGGCAGAGUCAGGAGUUGGACCUGAUAAUCCUUGUCAUUCCAACUCAGGAUAUUCUGCGAUCCUUGGCAACCGCUGAUUUCGACAGCUUCUGGUGAUUGGGGAGUGCUGACUUGGAUUUAUAACAUGAUUUAUAUUGAAGGUUAUGAGUACUGCUGCGGCAGUGCAGUAUUGUAACCAAAUAAAUGAUCAAAAGGAAA